AGUCACUUGAUCAGUCACCAUGCCUUUGAUCUCUUGCCUGCAUAUUUAGCGAAAAGAGGCCACCAAAACCCUAUCGAUCCCAAUGACACUCCGGUCAAAGAAUUAACCGGUCAUGAAAGUAUGUGGUCUUAUUUGAAGGAAAAUCCAAAAGCAGGAGAGAUUUUCAACACCCUCAUGAAGUUUUCAACGAUGAAAGAGCCAGCCUGGAUGGAAAUUUACCCUCAUAAAAACCUCGUGGAUGAAUCUGAUCACAAUUGUCCACUGCUUGUCGAUAUUGGUGGUGGCAUCGGCCAAGAUAUACUGAGGUUCUAUACUGCCUACCCAGAGGUAGCCUCAAGGAUCUAUCUCGAAGAUCUCCCAGAAGUCAUUGCCGACGCAAAUGAGAAAGCAAUCAUCCCCAACGCCGUCAACAAGCUGGAGUACAGUUUUUUCACGCCGCAGCCAAUAAAGAGUGCCCGUGCAUAUUACAUGCAUCACAUCAUCCACGAUUGGCCCGAUGCCUCAGCUCGUAAGAUUCUAGAAAUGCAAAAAGGCGCGAUGAAGCCUGGCUAUAGUAGGUUGCUCAUCCAUGACAAUGUCUUGGAUGACGAAAAAUGCCUCUUAGGACCUACUUCGCUUGAUAUCACUAUGAUGGUGUGUUUGGCUGGGCAGGAGCGCACAGAAAAGCAGUGGUUGGCUCUCUUCGAUUCGGUUGGACUCAAGGUGAUCAAAUUCUGGAAGAACCCACCUAACACUUCUAGUGUCAUUGAGGUUGAAGUGCCAUUAUCUCCACCACACUAG